AUGGCCGACUCCAAUCCCUACCAGCUCCCGCCUUCCCUCGAUCUACCGACGCACCUCUCCGCUCAGAAGUACUUCUUCGUCUGUACUCUCACAGUCGCGGCCUGGGACACACUCGUUCUUACCCCACGAACAUGGCGGCUCUUAAGGACUCGCGAAUGGCCUUUGCUCAAGAUCUUCUAUCACGUCAUGCGUGUAUACAUGCCGAUUGAAUUUACUGCUGUCGGUGUCGCGUUCUUCGACACUUCGUUCUCGUUGGCGCGCUGCCAAAGUUUCUACCUCGUCGAGCCCAUUCUCACAGCGGUCCUACUCGCUGUAUGCUCGCUCGUGCAUGUAAUUCGUAUUCACGCCAUCUACGAGAAAAAUCGGGCAGUGCUCGGUGGCAUGAGUACACUUCUUCUCUUGCAAGUCGUAGUCACCGCUGUUUGCUGUGGAUUCUACCAAGUCACUCCGCUGCAGGUGGGGCAGGGCUGCAUCGCUGAGCCGAAGCACAAGUGGGUGGGCGUGUACUGGCUCUCCGCCACCUUACUCUACACUGCCUCGUUUGCUCUUGCGUUGAACCGGUCGUUCCAGUCGUUGAACAUUAAGCCAAUUUCGUACUGGAAACUAAUGCUCCGCGAUGGCCUCAACCUGUAUGGAGCCAUCUGGCUGGUCAACAUGGUUAAUAUGCCCUUCUGGUUCAUCAUCACCCCCACCGGUCCAGAAGAUCCCAUUCGCACCAUCGUGACGAGCAUGACUGCAGUCCUCACCACCACGAUGACCCUCCGCAUCAUCCUCUCUGUGCGCGGCUCUCUAGCGUCCGGUGGCACCUUCGCCGUCAGCUCCUCGUCGCGCCCGACACGCUCCGGCGGCACGACUCACGUCAUCUCCACGAAUCGCAACGUCGCCGGCGUCACCUCGAACCCCGUGCUCACGAUACACCAGGUGCCCGCGACGUACACUGUGCCGCUCGCCGAGGGCAAGGAGCAAGACUGGGUUGGCGACACGGACGGCCACAGCAGCCUCGUCGAGGGCAAGGAGGGCAUCUUCUCCUCGCCCACUGCUCCCAUCGACAAGGCGGACAUAGGCGUCACGAUCACUGUCGAUACGGAGACCGACUUUACCCGUCAAUAUCGGCAGUGA